AUGUUGUAUAAAACAAGUGAAGAAAAAUCUAGUGAAUAUAAUUCAACAAUUGAUCAAGAAAAUGAAAAUCAAGGUGAAAUAAUAGUAUCACGUAGUAGUAGUCAAUCAAUUCAACAUCCAUUACCUGAUAAACGUGAAGCAUUACGUUUAAAUAAUUUACCACCAUCAACAUUAUGUUCUUAUGUUAAUCAUAAAGUAACAUUAUGUAAACCAAUAACACGUUCAAAAGCAAUAUCAUGUGCACCAAUUACAUUUAAUCGUGCAACUCAAACAUUAUUAGAUGAUGAAACACCACCAAUUAGUUUAUUACCAAUACCAGUUGGACUUGUUACACCAUUACCAUUAGCUUUAGGAACAACUGAUUGUCCUGUACCUGUACCAAUACCAAUACCAGUUCCAUUUCCACUUUUUUUUGUUAUUAAUGAUCAAAAAUUUCAAGAUUAUGAAACAUAUUUAGAAAAAUUAAAAGAAAUUUUACCAUUAAAUGAUGAAGAUUCACAAUUAUUAAUUUAUGCCCAAACAAUUUUUCCUAAUGAUGAUAUUCUUGGUUUAGGAAAAUUUAAUCCCAAGGUAUUUUAUUUAACAUUAAGUUUUUUUUCUUUUUCAAAAUAUUUUUUUUAUUCGAUUUUCAAUAAUAAAAAAUAAUCUAAAUAAUUGUUAAAAUUCGAAAUUAUUUUCUUUUUCUUGAUAAAUAUUUUUAUGAAUAAGAUUAUUAGAAUAAUAAUUAGAUUUAUUUUCUCAUUGAUUAAGAUAAAGAGUUUAUAAAUGUUUAUUAAAUUCUUGAAGAAGAUCAUUUAUAGAUUAUCAUCAUUAAAAGAAUUUAUUGAUUUGUUUAUAAAUUGUUAAUUUAUUUCGAAAAUAAAAUUAAUUCAUUUUAUUAAAUUAGAAAUCAUUUUAUAUUAAAAUUAUAUAUUUUAUAUGAUUUUCAAUAAACUAUUGUAAUCGGCUAGAAAAUAUAUUUCUUAUCUAAAUUUCGUCAACUUGACUUCAAGUACGAUUAUGAAAAAUUUCUAUUUGUUCAGAUUUAUAACUAAUUAAAAGAGUCAAUACUUCUCUCAGAAAUGUAUAGAACAUGCUAAUUCAAUAAUUUCGAUCAAAUAUAAAACUAAAACGAUUUAAAUUCCUAUAGAAUAUAUUUCUUAAGAAAAGAUUCUCAAUUAAAACAAUAAUAUUGUUUAGUUUUUUAUUUUUUGUUU